AACAGAUUAAUCGAAUCUUGUUAUUCCUACCACUUCAUAUGACCACAUAUUAGUUGACCGCACGAUGUGAGCACAAAUAACGUAUCUACUUCAACUUCAUCAUCUAUAAUUAUUGACUUAUCCGUAAGAAAUUAACUAGAACGUUGAUCAUCCAAUCCAAGGAGAAAUCGAUUCAGAGACUUAGAAAGAUCGAUCGAUGCAAUGGCAAAUGGCGAUGGUGAAGCAUUUCAGCCACCGCCAUGAGUUGUGCUCAUUUCAGGUGCAAGAAGAAGAUGAUGAAAUUAUCAUCUGCUCGGGAUGUGACCUGGAGCUGAUGAUGAACUCAGGUACUUCAGCUUACAAAUGCAGCAAGUCCAAGUGCCAAUUUUACCUCCACGACUUGUGCUUCGAGCUCCCCCGACAAAUAAAACACAAGUCUCACCCCCAACACCCUCUCACUCUCAUCUCCAACCCUCCCUACGAAUACGGCGAGUUCAAAUGCGAUGCCAGUUUUGAGUACGGCUCUAAUUGUUUCGCCUUCCACUGCGUCCACUGCAAAUACGAUCUCCCUCUCCAGUGCGCUGCGUUGCCUGAAACUCUUGGUCAUCCGCAUCAUCAUGAGCACACCCUCACUCUCCGAUAUUCUUCAUUGCCCCCAAAUCACGAUCAAGGCAAACGAAUAAUGUGCGAUCUCUGCGGAGGGUCUUCCCCAGAGGGCUGCUGGGUUUACUGCUGCAAAGAUUGCGGCUAUACCAGUGAUCUCCAGCGUUCCAUUAAUGCUGAAGCUGAUGAUCAAGAUUACCACCAACAUGACGAUCAUUCAAUCUCAUCUUGAACCGUUCAGUUUUAUUUUUCGCAUGCAAUUUACGUCAUCGAUCGCUUACUAAAUUACUAUGUAUCAUGAUGAUAGAUUAUUUAGGAGUUAAUUUUGCUAUUCGGCGGUUUAUGUACUACUUUGGCGUGUGAUUAUCUUCCCUUAAUUAUCAUAACCUCUGGAUUCCUUCGGUU